CCUUCCUGUUCUCAAUGUUUACAUGUUGGAAUAUUGCCCAGGGCAGUCAUAGCUAAAUAUAGUCAGAGUCUAUAGUACAGACAGAGCUGGGAUCACUGGGGUACAUGAUGGCUCUAAACAUUGCAGGAACACUUCUCCUGGCCACUGGGGUCACUCUACUAAUAUAUCUCAUAAAAUGGUGGAGAAGGAUCAGACACAAUAACCUACCCCCAGGACCUACACCUCUACCCCUCCUGGGGAACAUUCUUCAGCUCAGCAGCAAAGAUCUACCACAGUCUUUAGUAAAGCUUAGUGAGAAGUAUGGACCGGUCUAUACCCUCUACAUAUCAAACCUUCGCACAAUAAUACUUGUUGGGUACGAUGCUGUGAAAGAAGCUCUGGUGGAUCAUGGUGACGUGUUUAGUGAUAGAGCAGAAACAGGAUUAGGAGAGUUUUUUAAUAAAGACUUUGGGAUCUUUGCAAGCAGUGGAGAAAGAUGGAAAAUCCUUCGUCGGUUUUCUCUGACAACUUUGAGAAAUUUUGGAUUUGGAAAGAGGAGCAUUGAAGAAAGAAUCCAAGAAGAAGCUCAAUGUCUCAAUGAGAAACUGAUGAAGGACAAAGAUUCUCCAAUUGACCCAGCAUAUAUAUUAGGACGCGCUGUUUCCAAUGUCAUCUGCUCUAUUGUGUUUGGCGAAAGAUUUGACUAUGAAAACCAGAAACUCUUGGCACUCUUGUCAUAUCUUGAAGAUAUCAUACGGAUGGCCAGCUCCUCCAUAGGGCUGCUCUUUAUCAUGUUCCCAUACAUAAUGCCCUACAUUCCAGGGCCUCAUCAUAAUUUCUUCAAAGUGACUGGCAACUUGAAACAAUUUAUUAAGGAGAUGAUAAACACCCACCAAGAGACCCUGGAUGAGAACUGCCCUCGUGACUUCAUAGAUUGCUUCCUUAUAAAGAUGGAGGAGGAAAAAAACAAUCCGGACACAGAAUUUACAGAGGCAAACCUAGAGGCGACAAUAUUAGACUUAUUCUUUGCUGGAACAGACACUACAAGUUUGACACUGAGAUAUGGGUUUCUUCUACUCAUGAAAUAUCCAGAAAUACAAGAUAAGAUCCACAAUGAGAUUGACAAUGUAAUAGGUAAAAAUCGCUGUCCAGCCAUAGAAGACAAGAGUAACAUGCCCUAUACAGAAGCCGUUAUCAAUGAGAUCCAGAGAUUUGCCGAUAUUGUCCCCACAAGUGUUCCCCAUGCUGCCAGCAAAGACACGACCUUCAGAGGAUAUCACAUUCCAAAGGGAUGCAUGGUGAUGACAGUCCUGUCCUCUGUCCUGAAAGACCCCAAGCACUUCAAGAACCCAAAAGAGUUUGAUCCUGGACACUUCCUUAAUGAAAAAGGUUGCCUCCGGAAAAUUGAUGCCUUUAUACCAUUCUCUACAGGCAAACGUGUGUGUAUGGGAGAAGGCCUGGCUCGCACAGAGCUCUUCCUCUUUCUAACCACUAUACUUCAAAAGUUUACAUUGGAGCCCACCAUAGACAGAAAGAAUCUGAACAUAAGACCAGACCCCAAAACCAAUGGUACAAGACCUCAUCCAUAUCAGAUGAAUGUUGUUCCUCGUUUCUGAGUUGAGGACUGGCUGCUAACAUAAAGGAAACCUAGAAUUUCUAGAAUUUCAAUUAUUCUAGAAAUUAUUCUAGUCAAUUAUUCAGAUUUUUGAAAAAUUGCAAUUGAAAAAGGACAAACAUUUUUUUUUAAAAAAAUCUAUUUUUUCAACUUUUUUUUAGUGUAGGUAUAUACCUGCUGUACACAGGAUCUGUAUACCAUAUAAGUGAUGACAUACAGGACCAUAUAGGUAGAUACCAGCUGUACACAGGAUCUGAAUGCCAUAUAAGUGAUUAUAUACAGGAUCAUAUAGAGGUAGAUACCAGCUGUACAUAGGAUCUGUAUACAAUACCAUAUAAGUGAUUACAGUUACAUCUUUGGACUUACAUGUGACAUCUUUUCUAAUCAGCGUUGUCUUCUUUCUUUUUCUUCCUUCUCUGGCUCAGACCAACAUGUUGACGUCUUUCAGCCAAAAUGUCAUCUCUUUAGCAUCCGCAUGACAAACAUCUUAAACCCAAUAUUUUCAGUGCCCCACCCUACUCUACACAAUCUCCCUAUCUAUAAGCCACCCCCUUGGUGUUCUGCACAGUAAAAGUGGGUUGAAUCGUAGGUCCCCUAUAAAGUAGGUAUAUCCCCCACAGUAGACAAGUAGGUAUGUCCCACAGCAGUUUGUUCCCCUAUUAGGUAGUUUUCCCAUAGGCAGGUAGGUAAAUACCGUAUUCCGUAGGUAGAUUGACCCCCCCCCCCCAGUAGGUAAAUUUGUUGGUUCAUGGAUAGAUAGCCAGGUAGGUAGCUAGCUUUGUAGGUAAGUAGGUAUGUAGUUAGCUAGGUAGGUAACCAAAUAGCUAGGUAGAUAAGUAGUUAGGUAGCUAUGUAGGUAAUUAGUUAGGUACAUAGGUAGGCUUGGUACGUAAGUAGGUAAAUGUGGGUAGGUAACCAGGUGGGUAAGUGGCUAUGCAGCCAGGUGGUCAGGUUGGCAACUAUGCGGCCAGGUGGGCGACUAUGCAACCAGACGGUUAGGUGGGUGGCUAUACGGCCAGUUGGGCGGCUAUGUAGCCAGGUGAUAAGGUGGGCAGCUAUGCCACAAGGUGUGGAGAGUGUGGCGGAAAAAAGGACCUUUUGCGGGCGCUGUUCUUGUUUCCAGUAAAUUCGGGCAAAUGCUGAAAUAUACUUCAAGUGCUGCAAAGCACUAUGCUUAUUAAAUAAAAGAUAAUAAAACCAAUGACGCGUUUUGGAGGAACAAACCUCCCUCCUCAGAUUGGCAUACACAAACAUCUCAAAGUGGCUCUUUAUAUACAGUGUAAAAUGGAUGCCAGGUAUAGUGGGCGGAGUUACAAACAGGUUACAUAACUGACAUGACAAUCCUUAUAAAAUAGUAGAAACAAUAAAAAGAGACAUUCAUUAAUACAGCUGGUUAAACUGGACAUUGUGAUACAAUGUGAUACAAUGUGGUUAUGAAAUUGAAUGCAGUUAAAAAAUUCCCAUAUACGUGACUAUAGGUCACAGCAAGCCCCGUUCACAUGCACUGGUAGUAGUGCAUGAGAACGAGGCCGGCCGCGUUUGUCUAGUAAAUUAACAACAGUCAGGGAUAAUAUGGCGGCAUAUCGGUGUUCUGUCAAUAGAGAACAAGUUUCUGAUCACGCAACGUCUCCCAGCUAAUCACAGAAGAGGAACGCUCGUAAUGUGGAGAGAUUCCGGUGGAGUCACGUGACCCAUAGCAGCCACUGAUGACGUUCCUAUGAGGAAAUUGUGAAUGGAGACAAACGUAAGUAUAUUUAUGUGACAUUCCGGCACUGCUAUACCACCAACAAAUAAAUAAAACGCAUAAUGCUCAGUUGUCAGCAUAUUUUAGGCACAGAUUUAUAGAAGAUGGCACUAUAUUCCAGGGUUUGGAGUAAUACAUAUAAAGCGGCAAUAAAUAAUAGCAGUAUCAGUGUAUAUUAGCAGCAGCAUAUGGUAGCAACAUGGCAUAUGAGCAGCAUCGCAUUCAUAAAAAAGGGGGUAUAAAUAAUUAAAUAUGAGCAGUAUAGCAUACAUAAACCAGGUAUAUAAAUAAUUACUUAUGGGUAUAAGGCAACAUAGCAUAAAUAGA